AUACAUACAGAGGUGAGGAGAACUGGAUCUGGGAUGUGUGGAUCUUUGUAUUUGCAAAUCAUGGACACUUACCUGGUGAAAGGCCUGUUAUUAUGUGAGAAACUCGUCACAUAUAUCAAUGUAUCCUGUUUGGAAAAAUCUUCAGGAUGAAGAAUCUCUCUCACAAAAUAAGCCAGAAUGAGGGGAAGCCCAUGAAAUGCAUGUUCAAAAAAACCUUUUACAAGCAUUUUUUGCCUUUCUAUGGUAUGACAAAGAUUAGGGGAAAAAACUAAAUUUGAUUUAAAUAAACUUAAAUAAAUGGGCUAGAAAGAAUGGAGGCAGAAUGAAAAGUUAAGGCCAUUCUUUUAAAAUUGUUUCUUCAAAACAAUUUCCCUCCCUCCCUCCUUUCUGAAGCUGCUCUUCAGGAAAGGGAUUUUUGAGUCUCCACAGAGAUUUUCUCAAUCUUCACAAGAUCACAGACGGUUCUUAGAGGUUAAAAAGAGGGAAAAUCUAGAAACUGAUGCUUGCUGGAGAGGUCAUUUCAUUUCUAGAUAGGCAAUCUUAGAGGGAACCUUUCCUUCAAAUUUAAUGCCCAUCAACCCAGAUACGUGUGGAACAUGACGUCCGGAGCCCUUGCAGGAUCUUCUCGCAAUGCACACAGGAUCCUCUAGGGGGCGCCCUCGAAGAGCGGUGCAGCUCCCUCCCUCCGUCGCUUGCGAGAGAACUGAGCAUGCGCCGGUCUCUUUCCCAAGUCGAGAGGGGUGCGAGACUGCCGAGGCUUGAAAGGUUCUCCAGUGCCCGGAGGAGCCUUUCAGGGAAGGGAAGAGGCUGCAGGGAAGACUUGGACUUGGAGGUCCAGACAUACAUCAAAAAAAUUUCUGGUUCUUCAGGAAUCUUAAGAAUCUUGUCUGGGAAGAGAGCUGAAUGGCCUUGGAAAAUUUGGCCAGACCUCUUGUGAACAGAAAGACCUGUGGAGAUCCAUGGGUGCAUUUUGGAGCUUUAUUAGAGACCAGAGAGAAGAUGGAGGGACAACACCCAGCAGAUGCAGAAGUUAGAAAAGUCCCUCCAGCUGCUCAGCCUUGGAGCUGUGGGAAGAAUGGGGCAAGUCCUGGCCAGAAGAGCCACGAAGAGGCAUCCAAUAGUUCAGAGGUCCAAUGCUGUCACUUCACAAAAGUGCAGUUUCAUGAGGGGAACCGUCCGCGAGAUGUUUGCACUCAGCUUCACUACCUUUGUCGUCAGUGGCUGCAACCAGAAAAACACACCAAGGCUCAGAUGCUGGACCUGGUGCUCCUGCAACAAUUCCUGGCUGUCCUUCCCCCAAAGGUGGCGAAAUGGGUGCGGGAGUGUGGAGCAGAGACCAGUUCCCAGGCGGUGUCCCUGGCUGAAGGCUUCUUGCUGACUCAGGAGGAGGAAAACAUGCAGGAAGAGUUGCAGAAAUGCACGGAAGCUGUGACUGAGUAUCCCAAGAACAGGAAAAGUUCAUUCAAAUGUUCUCAAGAGUUGCUGUUCAUGGAGACCUUACACAAAGAUCAAACUCAGGACACCACUCCAGAGAGUAGAAAGCUGUCCUUGGAGUUUUUAGAAUCACCUCUUUCUGAUGAAGUUGAAGGAUUAGCUGAACCGCUACUUCAGGAUGUUGUUUCUUUUGAGGAAGUGGCCGUGUAUUUCUCCAAGGAGGAGUGGUCUCAACUGGAUGCUGACCAAAAAGUGCUCUACAGAGAAGUCAUGCUGGAGAAUUCCAGGAAUCUGGCUUACCUGGGCUGUAAUAGAGAAGACAAUAAGAAUUGCAAGGAGGAACGCCAAGCGAUCCAUUCAAAAGGGAGGAAAAGGAAAUUUGUAGAUCAGAUGAAACCAAAGAGUGAUGAAACAAAGCAAUCACAAAGUGGAGUUAAAAAAGGCCUUCCUCAAGUCAGUUGGCUUCCUAACCAUACAGUGAUCAAUCAGAGAGAAAGACCAUAUAAAUCCAUGGAGUGUACAAAGAGGUUCAAUAUAUCCGAUAAUCUCUUUUCUCAUAAAAAUACACAUUCAGAAGGGAAACGAUUUACCUGCAUGGAGUGUGGAAAGUCCUUUAAUCGUAGCAGUCAUCUUAAUUCCCACCAGAGGAUCCACAAAGGAGAACGAACGUAUAAAUGCAUUGAGUGUGGAAAGAGCUUCUGUUAUUCUGAGUCCCUUAUAAUCCAUCAAAGGAUCCACACAGGAGAGAGACCUUAUGAAUGCAUGGAGUGUGGAAAGACCUUUACUUGUAACAGUAAUCUUUAUUACCACAAGAAGAUCCACGCAGGAGAUAAGCCUUAUAAAUGCAUGGAUUGCGGAAAGGCUUUUUAUUUUAGCAGUAGUCUUAAUUCUCACAAGAGGAUCCACACAGGAGAGAGACCUUAUGAAUGCAUUGAGUGUGGAAAGACCUUUACUGAUAUGAGUAAUCUUAAUUCCCACAAGAGGAUCCACAAAAGAGAACAAACUUAUAAAUGCAUUGAGUGUGGAAAGACCUUCUGUUAUUCUGAGUCCCUUAUAAUCCAUCAAAGGAUCCACACAGGAGAAAGACCUUAUAAAUGCAUGGAGUGUGGAAAGGGAUUUACUUGUAACAAUACUCUUUAUUACCACAAGAAGAUCCACGCAGGAAAGAAGCCUUAUAAAUGCAUGGAUUGCGGAAAGGCCUUUUAUUUAAGCAGUAGUCUUAAUUCUCACAAAAGGAUCCACACAGGAGAGAGACCUUAUGAAUGCAUUGAGUGUAGAAAGACCUUUACUGCUAUGAGUAGUCUUAAUUCUCACAAGACGAUCCACAAAGGAGAACGAACAUAUAAAUGCAUUGAGUGUGGAAAGGGAUUUACUGCUAUGAGUAUUCUUAAUUCCCACAAGAAGAUCCAUACAGGAGAGAGACCUUAUGAAUGCAUUGAGUGUGGAAAGACCUUUACUGCUAUGAGUAGUCUUAAUUCCCACAAGAACAUCCACACAGGAAAGAAGCCUUAUAAAUGCAUGGAUUGCGGAAAGGCCUUUUAUUUAAGCAGUAGUCUUAAUUCUCACAAGAGGAUCCACACAGGAGAGAGACCUUAUGAAUGCAUUGAGUGUGGAAAGACCUUUACUGCUAUGAGUAGUCUUAAUUCCCACAAGAGGAUCCACAAAAGAGAACAAACGUAUAAAUGCAUUGAGUGUGGAAAGAGCUUCUGUUAUUCUGAGUCCCUUAUAAUCCAUCAAAGGAUCCACACAGGAGAAAGACCUUAUAAAUGCAUGGAGUGUGGAAAGGGAUUUACUUGUAACAAUAAUCUUUAUAACCACAAGAAGAUCCACACAGGAGAGAAGCCUUAUAAGUGUAGUGAGUGUGGAAAGACAUUUACUCGUAGCCAUGACCUUAAUUCCCACAAGAGGAUCCACACAGGAGAAAGACCUUAUAAAUGUACUGAGUGUGGAAAGACAUUUACUCGUAGCAAUAACCUUGAUUCCCACAAGAGGAUCCACACAGGAGAAAGACCUUAUAAAUGCAUGGAGUGUGGAAAGAGCUUUACUUAUAGCGGUCAUCUUCAUCGCCACAAGAGGAGCCACACAAGAAAGACUUGUGGAGAUCCAUGGGUCCGUUUUGGAGCUUUAUUAGAGACCAGAGAGAAGAUGGAGGGACAACACCCAGCAGACACAGAAGUUACAAAAGGCCUUUCAGCUGCUCAGCCUUGGAGCUGUGGGAAGAAUGGGGCAAGUCCUGGGCAGAAGAGCCACGAAGAGGCAUCCAAUAGUUCAGAGGUCCAAUGCUGUCACUUCACAAAAGUGCAGUUUCAGGAGGGGAGCCGUCCCCGAGAUGUUUGCACUCAGCUUCACUACCUUUGUCGUCAGUGGCUGCAACCAGAAAAACACACCAAGGCUCAGAUGCUGGACCUGGUGCUCCUGGAACAAUUGCUGGCUGUCCUUCCCCCAGAGAUGGCAAAAUGGGUGCGGGAGUGUGGAGCAGAGACCAGUUCCCAGGCGGUGUCCCUGGCUGAAGGCUUCUUGCUGACUCAAGAGGAGGAAAACAUGCAAGAAGAGUUGCAGAAAUCCCUGGAAGUUGUGACUGAGUAUCCUAACAGGGGGAAAGAUUCAUUCAGAUCUUCUCAAGAGCUGCUGUUCAGGGAGAACUUCCAGAAAGAUCAAAGUCAAGAUGCUACGCAAGAGAGUAGGAAGUUGUCCUUGGAUUUUUUACAAUCACCUCUUUGUCCUGGAGAUGAAGGAUUAGCUGAACUGCUAUUUCAGGAUGUUGUGUCUUUUGAGGAAGUGGCCGUGUAUUUCUCUGAGGAGGAGUGGUCUCAACUGGAUGCUGACCAGAAAGCGCUUCAUGGGGAAGUCAUGCUGGAGAAUUCCAGGAAUCUGGCUUACCUAAGUUUUAAUGGGCAAGAGAAUAAGAAUUGCAAGGAGGAACACCAAGCAAUCCAUUUGAAAUGGGAGGAAAGGAAAUUUGUAGAUCAGAUGCAACCAAAGAGUGAUGAAACAAAGAAAUAUCAAAGUGGAAUUAAAAAAGAUCUUCCUCUGGUCAGUUGGCUUCCAAACCAUCCAGUAACCGAUUUGGGAGAAAGACCAUAUAAAUGCAUGGAAUGUGGAAAGGCCUUUACUUGUAACAGUAGUCUUAAUUCCCACAAGAGGAUCCACACAGGAGAGAAGCCUUAUCAAUGCAUGGAGUGUGGAAAGGCCUUUACUUUUAGCAGCUGUCUUAAUUCCCACAAGAGGAUCCACACAGGCGAAAGACCUUAUAAAUGCAUGGAGUGUGGAAAAGAUUUUAGGAAGAGUAGUAAUCUUUACUCCCACAAGAGGAUCCACACAGGAGAAAGACUUUAUAAAUGCAUGGAGUGUGGAAAGACUUUUACUUGUAACAGUAGUCUUAAGUCCCACAAGAGGAUCCACACAGGAGAGAAGCCUUAUAAAUGUAUGGAGUGUGGAAAGAUCUUUACUUUUAGCAGUGGUCUUAAUUCCCACAAGAGGAUCCACACAGGAGAAAUACCUUAUAAAUGUAUGGAGUGUGGAAAGAUCUUUACUUGUAGCAGUGGUCUUAAUUCCCACAAGAGGAUCCACACAGGAGAGAAGCCAUAUCAAUGCAUGGAGUGUGGAAAGGCCUUUACUUUUAGUAGCAGUCUUAAUUCCCACAAGAGGAUCCACACAGGCGAAAGACCUUAUAAAUGCAUGGAGUGUGGAAAGAUCUUUACUUGUAGCGGUAAUCUUAAUUCCCACAAGAGGAUCCACACAGGAGAAAUACCUUAUAAAUGCAUGGAGUGUGGAAAGAUCUUUACUUGUAGCGGUAAUCUUAAUUCCCACAAGAGGAUCCACACAGGAGAGAAGCCAUAUCAAUGCAUGGAGUGUGGAAAGGCAUUUACUUUUAGCAGCAGUCUUAAUUCCCACAAGAGAAUCCACACAGGCGAAAGACCUUAUAAAUGCAUGGAGUGUGGAAAAGGUUUUAGGAAGAGUAGUAAUCUUUCCUCCCACAAGAGGAUCCACACAGGCGAAAGACCUUAUAAAUGCAUGGAGUGUGGAAAGAUCUUUACUUGUAGCGGUAAUCUUAAUUCCCACAAGAGGAUCCACACAAGAGAGAAGCCAUAUCAAUGCAUGGAGUGUGGAAAGACCUUUACUAGUAGCAAUAAUCUUAAUACCCACAAGAGGAUCCACACAGGAGAGAAGCCUUAUAAAUGCAUGGAGUGUGGAAAGACAUUUACUUGUAGCACCAGUUUUAAUUUCCACAUGAGGAUCCACACAAGCGAAAGACCUUAGAUAUGCAUGGAGUGUGGAAAAGGUUUUAGUAAAAGUAGUAAUCUUAAUUCCCACAAGAGGAUCCACCCAGGAGAGAAGCCAUAUCAAUGCAUGGAGUGUGGAAAGGGUUUUAGGAAGAGUAGUUAUCUUGCCUCCCAUAACAGGAUCCAUAUAGGAGAGAAACCAUAUGAAUCCAUGGAGCGUGGAAAGACCUUUACUUUUAGAAAGAUGCCUUAAUUCCCACAGGAGAAUCCACACAGGAGAGAAACCGUAUCAAUGCAUGGAGUGUGGAAAGACCUUCUCUUAUUGUAAGACUCUUAUCCAUCAAGUGAAUCAUAAAGGAGAAAAACCUUAUAAAUGUAUGUAUUGUCAAAAGACCUUUACUUGCAGCAGUUGUCUUAAUUCCCACAAGAGGAUCCACACAAGAUAGAAGUUAUAUAAAUGUUUGCAGAGUGGAGAGGGCUUUAGAAAGAAUUGUGAUCUGAAUUCCCAUAAAAGGAUCCAAACUGGAGAAAAAACCCACAUAUGAAUGCAUGGAGUGAGGAAUGUGCUUUGCAAGGAGUAACACUUUUACUUGCCAUAGAAGCAUCCACACACGGGAGAAACCAUAUCAAUAAAGAAAUACUGGAAAGUGUUUCAAUAAAAAUCUAGGUAGUUUUCGCUUUAUCACUGCAAUUGAGUGCAAUAUUUCUGUUGCCAAGCCAGACAGUUAUUAAAUGCUUUUUUCCUCAUUUUGCAAGUUUUCUUGCACCAUUUCUUAAGUGAAUCACUGUAAUUUUUAAGUUAGUAACACUGUUGUGAAAUGAAUCUGGCUUCCCCAUUGGAUUUGCAUGCCAGAAGCUCACAAAAGGUGUUCACAUGACCCAGGGACAACGCAACUGGAGCCUGGAUAGCUCAGCAGACUAAAGCCUGUUAUUAACAUUCAGCUGCCUGCAAUUACUGUAAGUUCGAAUCUCACCAGGCUCAAGGUUGACUCAGCCUUCCAUCCUUUCUAAGGUAGGUAAAUUGAGGACCCAGUUUGUGGGGGCAAUAAGCUGACUUUGUAUAAAAUAUACAAAAGUAUGAAAGCUGUUAAGAUAUGGUUUGAGCCUAACAAGUUGUCCAGGCAAUAUAUGUGUUCUGUGACUUUAAUAUGAAUAUGUAUUGUGUGACUUUAAAGUUUUACUGCUCAUUCAUUGUAAUGCUGAGUCAUGCUGUAAUUAGAUAAUCACUGGUUGUAAACGUAUUUAAGAAAGGUACUGUAACAUAUUCAGUUGAUGAUAAGCUACCAUAGUGUAUGUAGUUGCUACCAUUGUGCUAUCAUCGUUGGAUGGAUCUGCUACCAUCGUGGUUUGUGAACCAGAGUGAGUUUGUUAUUCUAACCAACUACUGUUUGUAUGGUAAGAAGAUUUUGUAUCACUGGACUGAUUUAACUGGCAAAGACUUGGAUUGAUUUAAAGACUAUGAGAUUGUUUUUUCACUAUAAAGUAAACUUUUGAUAAA